AGAGCACGAAAUGGCUCACCGUAAGAAUGAAAGUUUGUGACAUUUACCAUCACAACAACCACUGAGAAAUGCAGAAAUCUGACAAAGAUUCAUCUAAAGUGGAUUCAGCGUCGCUGAUAGAUUUAAGGGCCGAGCUGUUCAGAAAGCAAGAGGAGUUCAAAACUCAGAAGUUACAAAGUGAGAAUACUGGAUUUAUCAAAGGGAAACCUUCAACCUCACAUAAGAAGCCUAGUCUGUUCAGCAAGAAGAAUGCAGGUGUCACACAGAGGGCAGAAAAAGAUUACGAGGAAAAAUUAGAAGAGGAAAAUGUUUUUGAGAGAUCAAGAAAGGCCCUUGAGAGUAAAGCCAAACUGUAUGAAAAGAUAGCUUGUGGAACAGACAUCUCUGAGGAAGAUGGCAGUGGUCUGUACCUGGUUGAUUUCCAGAAGAAGAGUCUUGAUGAUUUUGAAGACAGAAGGCUAAAAGAGAGGAAAGAGAAAGAAGAGAUAGAGAGAAGAGAGUUAGAGGAGGAACAAAGACAGCUAGCUGAACCUGUUCCACCUCCAGAAUCUGAGGAGGAAGAAUGGGUUGACUAUGUGGAUGCAUUUGGUCGAUCAAGACGUUGUCUUAGAAAGGAUUUAUCUGAUGUACAAAGACAGGAUGAAACUCUUCAGAAGAAGAAAAGGGAUAAGAGUGAGGAUAUUCCAAACUUAAUGUCAGCUGAUAUGAGACGGGAGAUGGAGAGACAGAAAUGGGAAAAAGAAGAAAUGGAGAAAAUGCAGGAGGAGAAACAAGGGCCCAUACAUUAUGCUGAUGUACAACACAAUGAGAUUCGGACUCAUGGUGUUGGGUUUUACAAGUUUGACAAGGAAGAAUCAGUGAGACAAGAACAGAUGGAACAACUCAACAAACUCAGACAGGAGGUAGGUAUAGCCCAUGCUUUCAUUUGUUUUCUGUCUUUACCUGUUAAAGUUGUUGAAUUUUAAGCUUAUGGUAAUCACUAGAUUCUUGAGAAAGCAAAAAUAGUGACGUGGUACAUGUUAACAUCCUUGACAUUUUGCGAGAUAUAUUUUUGCCAUUCUUCCCCACAAACCCAUUUGGCGGGGAUACCAGUUCAUGGAAUUUGCUUGUUUCUGCAAAGAGUCCUGUGUAUGAGU